UUACCUUGCCGUGCGGCCACUGACGAAUAGCGUUCAGUCGAGACCGAGCUCAUCCGCGAUACAGUUGCUUUUCGCAUUCAAUAGACAAAAUGGCUGAUGUUCCAAAGCGUGAAGUUGAAAAUGUCGAAUUCGUUUUCGAAGUUAUGGGCUCUCCCGGCGAGGGCAUUGAUGCCGUCGAUCUAGGCGAUGCUCUGCGCGCUCUGAACUUGAACCCCACCCUGGCUCUCAUCGAGAAGAUGGGCGGCACCAAGAAGCGCAACGAGAAGAAGAUCAAGUUGGACGAAUUCCUGCCCAUUUACUCUCAGGUCAAGAAGGAGAAGGAGCAGGGCUGCUAUGAGGAUUUCAUUGAGUGCUUGAAACUGUACGACAAAGAGGAGAACGGCACCAUGCUGCUCGCUGAAUUGCAGCACGCUCUGCUGGCCCUUGGUGAGAACCUGGAUGAUGAGCAGGUGGAGACUCUGUUCGCCGAUUGCAUGGAUCCCGAGGAUGAUGAGGGCAUGAUCCCAUACUCUCAGUUCAUCCAGCGCUUGAUGAGCGAUCCCGUCGUCUUCGACUAAACACAUUCCUCGCAAGAAUGUGUGACAGACCAGAUGCGCUAUAAAUAGUUAUCAACAACAACAAGAAUAACAACAAAACAACAACAACACCAGCAAAUUUAUAGCAACAGCCAUUCUCCAUAGAUGUUAUAUUCAUCGCUAACUCUCUCUAUCUCUCUCUCGUAUAUUAUUUUAAUUAAAUUUUACUUCUGCUACUACAACUGCAAAAUUGAACUUCAAGAUAAUAUUAUUUUUUAAAAAAUAAAAAAAUUUAAAUUAUAAAAAAUAAUGAAAAAAAAAAACUGAAAAAGAUAAGUUUGCUGUUCAUUUUCUCAAAUUAAGUUUAUCAAAUAUUUUUUUGUGUUUUCGUUACAAUUGCCAACAAAAAAAACAAAA